AAUUCUUUUCUUAGCCCAUUUUUACUGCUAAAACACAGAACCUCAAGGUGUGCAUCCUCUAAUGAACGUUCAUCUGGCUCAUGGUCUGGAGGCCGGAGGCCAAGCUUGGGGCUGCGUCUGAAAUGAGAGAUAAAAUGAGAAAAUGGAGAGAAGAAAACUCUAGAAAUAGCGAACAAAUUGUAGAGGUUGGGGAAGAGUUAAUUAAUGAGUAUGCUUCUAAGCUUGGAGAUGAUAUUUGGAUCAUAUAUGAGCAGGUGAUGAUUGCAGCUCUGGACUAUGGUCGGGAUGACCUGGCGUUGUUUUGUCUUCAGGAGUUGAGAAGACAGUUCCCUGGCAGCCAUAGAGUCAAGCGAUUAACAGGCAUGAGAUUCGAAGCCAUGGAAAGGUACGAUGAUGCUAUACAGCUGUAUGAUCGAAUUUUGCAAGAAGAUCCAACUAAUACUGCUGCAAGAAAGCGUAAGAUUGCCAUUCGUAAAGCCCAGGGGAAGAAUGUGGAGGCCAUUCGGGAGCUGAAUGAGUAUCUGGAGCAGUUUGUUGGUGACCAAGAAGCCUGGCAUGAACUUGCAGAGCUCUAUAUCAACGAGCACGAUUACGCAAAAGCAGCCUUCUGCCUGGAGGAGCUCAUGAUGACAAAUCCCCACAACCACCUGUACAGCCAGCAGUACGCAGAGGUUAAAUAUACCCAAGGCGGACUUGAAAACCUCGAACUUUCAAGGAAGUAUUUUGCACAGGCAUUGAAACUGAACAACAGGAACAUGAGAGCUUUGUUUGGGCUUUACAUGGUGACGUUGAAGACGCAGAGGAGUAAAAUGUUGAUGUUAGCGUGUGGAUACCUCACUGGCAGAGAGGAACAAGGUCAAAGAGCCUGCAGCACGACUAGGCAUAAACGGAAGGUUGAACUCUUCUGGGAACAGAGCCUUUUAAGAUCUGCAAGUCACAUUGCGUCUAAUCCAAAAGCAAGCGCAAAAAUGAAGAAGGACAACAUGAAGUAUGCGAGUUGGGCAGCUAAUCAGAUCAACAGAGCUUACCAGUUUGCAGGUCGGAGUAAGAAGGAAACCAAAUACUCUCUGAAGGCGGUUGAAGACAUGUUGGAAACUUUGCAGAUCACCCAGUCUUAGGCGUCACAGACUUCGACAUCAGUGUCACAGCUGCGCAGCGGAACUUCCUGACCUGUGACUUAUUUACUAAAUGCCAAGUGCUAUUUAUACUCUAAUUUCUGUGAAGAUGGCGGUUGUAAAGAAUGUGUUUAUAUAAACCUAAAAUGCCUUUUACUGCUAAGCAAGAAGUUGGGGGACUCUGAGGAAGAUAUGAGACCUACGAUUGUACACUUGUCUCUUCAUAACGCAGAAAAUCGUAACUGCUCUCCACCUUGUUCAAUAAACCACUGAUUUCCUGAACCUGCGCGUAGAGAUUUAAGCUUCUUUUCUGUUAUAACCGGUACCUUGCUUGUGAGUUCGGUUUUCAGUUUCGCUCUGCCUGAGGGCGGGGCACACGGCCAGGUAACUUGCAGGAACAAAUCAUUUUGACUUUGCUUAAAGUGUCGGGUGGGUUUUCUGUGCAUCGCAGUGGGCCGUUGCAAUUGUUUGUAUCUGCUGUAUUGUGAUAAAUCUUGCCAAAAAUGAGUCAUUGUCCAAAGUUCAGUUUGAGAAAUUUUUGUUUUGAUGUAAAGAUGUUCAUCUAUAAAAUACCUUAAGACUAAUAUGUGCUGUAACACUUAACAUCCCCACAAGUUACGUUUGUUGCAAUUUAACUGUAAAUUACAUAAAAUGAUAUUUAAGAAUGGGA